AUAAAAAAUUGUACACACUUACUGGAUUUUUUCAUUACCCAUAAAGUGUAGAUGUUAGAUAGUUUCCACAACAUCUACUCAUAUCUUGGUGAAAAAACUUAUUCAUACAUCCAUAUGUAAGUGUUGAGUACAUGAAUAGUUUUCUAGAUUGAGAUGCAUAAGCAAUUCACAUAUACAUUUUAGUUUUGUUCAUGAUCUCUGUUAUGUUCUUGAUAAACAUAUACACAGAUGAUAAUGCUGGUGAAAAAAUGUAGAUUAGUAUCUAUUUAAAAUCUCAGAAUAGUUUAAGCAAACACAUAUAAAUAUAAUUUUGAUAGUGAUAUAAAGAGUUGCUUCAUGCUUACAAAUCUUUGUUUUCUUUUGUUUUUCUGUUUCUCUAUAUUCCAUUUUUUUGGUCAGCCCUCUAUAUUCUAUGUAAUAAUAAGUUUUAAAUCUCUGAGACCAUAUUGUCUGCAUCCAAGAGUUUUAACAAAAUUUAAGAAGCUAAGUUAUUGAGAAGCUUUGCAAUCUGGUGUUUGGAGUUUAUUUAUAAAUUUGCAAUAAUCAUUUUGAGAUUGAUUCUUCUCAUGUUUCAUUACAUAUUAGUUUUUGCCAAUCUUUUAUGCUCUUUUUAACAUGGAACUUCACUUCACUGCAGUUAUUAGCCAUGGAUGUGGAGCCUAACGUGACGUCGCCACCAGCAAUAACCCCAAGUUCAUGGGAGGUAACCUCCUUCAUUUGAAUUCCACAUCCAACUUUUGCAGUGCCACUUUCACCUUUCAUUAAUCUCCUGCAACUUGCAGGCCGGUUUUUCCUAAAUGCAACUUCUGGCACACAUUUAUACUUUGACAAAGAAACAAGUGACGGUGACACCUUCGUAUCCCAGUAACUUACUCUAGCUUUAAAAAUUUAUUCUUGAGUUUUUGCUUGAAAACCCUCCAUGUAAACAAAUACAUCUGUUUUAUUUUUUAGCUUUGGUAAUGAUGACUUAGCCUCUUCCACAAGUUUGACCAAAUAUGGUAGUGUUAAUAAAAUAGAAACAGUAGCAGAGUCAGGGCUCGACACCUAUGUGGUCAACUCCCCUCCUCAGAACUAAACCCGAUCUGAGGAAGUUGGUGACAGAGGAGAUGCUGCAAUCGGACGGGCAGAACUCGAUCAUUAUCGUAGGUGGUGCUAAUAUGAUAGGGUGGCCUGAGAAGAUGAUUGAUGAUGAGCUGGAGAUCGUGAGGAAUGCUGGUGUUGUGCAGCUUCAAAGAGAGAUCCCAGACUCCAUCAACAUUCAAGUUGCUAAGGCUGUGAAGAGAGCAGUUGUGCUGGUCAUCUGACGUGGAAGGAAUGGAUACCCCAAUCCCUAAUGAGCUAUUGGAUUCAGUUGACAUCUUGCAACAUAAUGAAACUGAGCUCUGUCGCUUGACCGGAAUGCCUACUGAAACUUUUUAACAGAUUCACCAAGCUGUUGUAAAGUGUCAUAAUUUGGUGCUUGACGGAGAGUAUGGUUAAACCGUCCUUUCAUAUAUGUAGCAAGUGAUGAAAUGUUGCCAAGUUACAUAUUAUUUAAUAGUUUUAUUUAUUAUGGAUUUUUUUUGUCAACCUAUUAUUAUGGAUUUAUUUUAAUAAAAUGUAUAUUUAGCUU